UGGAAAGGUUCUAUAGAACUUUCAUGAUUUUUAACUAUUAAAAUGUAACUAUUAUUCUCUUAGAAUACUUUUCUAGAAAAUUACUUUAUAUUGUAUUCUUCAAUGGAAAAUAAUAAGGGAACAUUUUUGCACACACAAUAUCAAAUUCAAUUAAGUUGGAAUAAGGUAUAUAAAUCGUGCAGACGUAUAAAAAUCGAAUCGAAUAUUGUUAAAAAAAUACAAAAUGAAGCUGGUUAUACCAAUAGUGCUUUUUAGCAUAAUAAGUGAAAUCAAUGCUGAUGAAGCUCUUAGAGAUCAAACAGAAAAGUGCUACAAAAAGUAUGGAAUUUCAUUUGAGCCUACAGCUGAAAAUCUCUCGAAGCUUACCGAUGAUAGAAUUGAGGAGAUGAAAAAGUGCACUCUCGCUUGUUAUUACCAAAAGACUAAGACGAUGCGAGGUGACGGGAGUCUUGAUAAAAAUGAAAUAAUAAAGUUGAUAUCAAUUAAUCCGGAAUACAAAAAUGAAGAUAUAAUGGAGAUAGCAGAAAGAUGCAGUAAUACUUUGGGAAUAAAUGAUUGUGAUACAGCGGAAAUGCAUCGAGAAUGCAUGGUAGAGGGAAUGAAAAAAAUGCAAUUGACUAUCUAUUCAAAUACUAUGAAUUGAUCUUACAAGAAUAAUACAACUUUACCAAAUAAGCUUUGCACGCGCACAUUUUUCACUUGUCAGUGUUAUAUACAAUUCACGUAUUCUAUGCACAGUACGAACGUGUACCUUAUUCAAAUUCAUAAAAAGUGUAAAUCCUCUCGGAAUAUUUAUAAAUUUUAAUUAUCUAAAUAUGCUUAUUUCAUUCUAUUAAUAUAAUUUUAACUGUUAUAUAACUGUUAUAUUUUGUUUCGCGCACAUUACUAAAAAUUUUUCUAAAGAAUUAAAUAACAAGAAAAAUAUAAGUUAUCUAUUGAAGUUGAUGCCAUGAUCUACAAUAUCAUUAUAUACACAUUACUGUGGAGUAAACCAAUGAGUCUACAAAGUAGCAUACGUUUAUUCAAGGCCGAGAUAAUAUGCAGUCUAAUUAUUUAUAAACAAACAAAUGUGAGUUAUAACAACAAAUAUAAUAUUUCCAUUUAAUAUGAAUUAAUUUUACCAUUGAAUGCUAAAUAAUAAUUGAAAAUUGAUAAAGAUUUUAUUCUGGAUUUUCUACCCCGGAUUCAGAAUACAUCGUAAUUUAAAAUUAACAUCAAUAUGAACGUUUGAAAAUUUGAAAAGGAUAUUUUUCGAAGUCAAUGAAUUAUAUCGAAAAUUCAAAAUCUCCGGUUGCAAUAAAUUUUAAAAAGAUGAAAACUUUGUAGGUCGAUGGUCAGAGCCCUCAUUGUAUCAAGGUUUUCAAUCGCAUCAAUGGGAUCUUAUUCAAUGACAAUUCGUACAUUUGUUCCUGUGGGUUUUCAGUAAAGACAACAGUAUUUCCGCUGUGUAUUCAACAAUGUUUUCAAUGGAGAUUAUAUUACGUGAUAUAGGUAUUGAAAUUGUUAGGCAAUGUGAAACACAUUAUUAGAAAUAUUCAGUUUAAAAUUACUUCAAAUAAUAACUUUUUUCACUUUUCACGUUGAACAAGUUUGAUUAGUAAAACCACUUUAUAUUGAUGCAAAAUCUUUUAACUUUUAUACUAAAAAGAAAGAUUUUAAAUCAAUAGUAGUUAUCUUAUUCAUAAUUUAUAUUUUUUAUACCAUAAGAAUUCAAUGCUAUAUUAUGAUUGAUAAAAUCAAUUAUUCAGUACAUACAAUCAAACUUCUUGA